GUGAUCAAGUUGAAGUUGACACAGGUUUUAAGACUUUAGAACAUAACAAUACUUCAGGGGAUUGACUAAAAGCUGACUGUGGACAGGUCUUAUCCUCACUCAGCACCGAGGCAAAUGGCAGCGACGUUUAAAGCUGCGAUUUUCCAAUGGAGAACAUCCGAUCACGUUUAAAGUUGGGGAACAAGGAAGAUGAUGUGAAAUUAAGAAAACGAAAAUCUCAACUUUAUUCCAAAGAUGAUCCUUGUCCUCUCAACUGUGGUGCACUGGGAUUCCGGCUGGCCCUGUUUGUUGUGGCUUUCAGACUUGUCAACUGCUUCCUGGUUCAGACUAGCUUUGUCCCAGAUGAGUACUGGCAGUCAUUGGAGGUUUCACAUCAUAUGGUCUUUAAUUAUGGGUACUUGACCUGGGAAUGGAAAGAAGGCAUUAGAGGAUAUUCCUAUCCUCUCCUGUUUGCGUUUGUUUAUCAAAUAUUGUAUUAUAUGAACUAUGACUCUGUCCAAUUGCUUAAAUGGCUCCCACGAAUCCUUCAAACACUUCUGGCAGCAUUUGCAGAUGUCAAAUUUUUCUUUUUCAUAAGAAACUUGGAAAAUACUGAUACUGCAAAAUGGACGUUUAUCUGUCAUCUUACAUCCUGGUUUACUUGGUAUUGCUGCACCAGGACCUUGACCAACAGCAUGGAGACAACACUCACCAUGUUAGCCUUGUGUUACUUUCCUCUGCCUGGAUCCAGAUCUCAAAGCAGCUGGAAAUAUCUUACCCUUGUAGCCUUGGCUGUACUUGUACGUCCGACUUCUCUGAUUGUCUGGUUUCCAUUGAUAAUCUACCAUUUCUGGCAAGAAGAGAACAAAGUGAAACUUAUAAUACACCAAUAUGCUCUCAUAGGAGCCCUGGCAAUUACAAUUUCUACCAUGAUUGACUGUAUAUUCUACGGGAAGUGGAUCUUUGUACAGUUUAAUUUUAUAAAGUUGAACAUUUUCCAUGGGGUAGCGGACUUCUACGGCUCCCAUCCCUGGCACUGGUACUUCACACAGGGCUUUCCUGCUGUGAUUGGUCCCCAUCUUCCCUUGUGUCUUCAUGGCUGUACACUUGCUGUCAGACGCUACAAGAUGCUGCUGUUCACCAUUAUCUGGACGUUAAUUAUCUACAGCCUUUUACCUCAUAAGGAAUUCAGGUUUAUCUAUCCCAUUCUGCCCUUUUGUAUGGUCUUUUGUGGCAUUUCUCUGGCUAGUUUAAAAGCGUGGCGACGGACUACAGCUGCCAUCUUGGUUGUGACUAACUUAUUACCAGCUCUGUACACCGGUUUAAUCCACCAGAGAGGAACCCUUGAUGUUAUGGGCCACUUACAUAGUCUUUGUGACAUCAGCAACAAUUCACAACCCAAUGUUCUCUUCCUAAUGCCCUGCCACUCCACACCUUAUUACAGCCACCUUCACUGCCCGAUAAGUAUGAGAUUUCUCGAAUGCCCCCCAAAUCUUGGAGACGAUUAUAUGGAUGAGUCUGUCAUAUUUUACAACGAUCCCCUACAGUGGCUUAGGGCUUCUUUUCCAUACAAGUCAUCUCUGCCCAGUCACCUAGUUAUGUUUGAUGUUUUGGAAAAGGACAUAUCUGGAUUUUUGCAAGGAAAUAACUUUGUGAGGACAGCAGAAAUCUUUCACACUCAUUUUCCCGACGGAAGAGUUGGAAGAAGCAUCUUUAUUUAUGAAAGGCACUGAUGAACAUGGUAUUAAUAAAUAUUUAAAACUUU